GGCAUUCCAGGUUCCCAUGGGAGUUGAGGUAUAUAUAUCGGGAACAUUGGUGGUUUUCGUGUCCAUAUUUAUGUGUGCCCUCUGAGGCACGCGGCGAUACUUUAUGCAGUCAUGUGUAUAUGAAUCAUGUAUAAUGCAAAAAUACUAUCGUGUAUCGAAAUCAGGUUGUCUAGUAUCAGCGACUGCAUUCAUGUCAUUCACAUUAGUCAUUCAUGCAUUUUCCGUGGCAGAGGCGAUGUCUGAGUCAUCGCUUUCAUCUCAUGUUUGAGUCUAAGAAGAACUCCGAUUCUACUAGAUACCCAAAGG